UCAAACUACUCCGUAGGGUGCUCCUCCUUGCCUUAAAAGAUCUUCCACUGUUCUUCUCCAUUUCGUAUCUAGGGUUUCGCCUCCGUCUCGUCUCUCUCCCUCCUCUCCUCUCUGAGCUGAAGAUGGAUGCCUUGGAUUCGGUUGUCGAUCCCCUGCGGGACUUCGCCAAGGACAGCAUGCGCCUCGUGAAGAGGUGCCACAAGCCUGAUCGCAAAGAGUUCACAAAGGUGGCCUUCCGCACGGCAGUCGGAUUCGUGGUGAUGGGGUUCGUGGGGUUCUUCGUGAAGCUGAUCUUUAUCCCGAUCAACAACAUCAUCGUCGGAUCUGGCUAGGAAUGAGAAAUUGUGGAGGAAGCGACACAAGAAAUUACAUUUUUAAGUUUAUAUCUUAUGAAGACUUUUUUUCUUUUCAUUUGACACAUAGAAGUGUACCUUUGAAAGAUGAUAGGGUGUUUGUCGUUUGUCUUGUUUCCUUUUCCAUUGAUGGCAGUCUGUAUUUUAUCAUUAGCUUGUAGUGGAUUCUCUGAAUUUAUCUAUAGAGAAGGAAAUGUUAAUGAUGAGUUACUGGGUAAA